AUGGACUUGAGCCUUGUCAACAAGUUAUUCUUGGCAUGGUUUGACCUAACACUACCAUUCUCCAAUCUGCAGCAGACCUCGGGACGUUCCAACUCUAGGAACAGGAUAUCGCGACCAUUCCUGGGAAGAUCCCUCAUUCAAAGUGCCCCCACACGCAAUGACUUAGUAUUGACUGGAGAUGAGGUGACUCUUGAAGAUGGCAUAAAUGUCAACAAGGAACAUUUUGAAUACCUGCUUGACACCCCGAAGGACUCUCUGUUCUGCCGCGACAUGGUGAGAGCUCUAUGGAGCGCGGAGCAGCUGGCAGAGAGAAGUUUAACAGGAGAAGCCUGCCGUCCUUUUCUAAAACAAGGCGCAGAGGGGAAGCGACGCCUCACCCCAAAAAAAUUGGAUGCCCUUGGAAAUGCCUACUGGGAGUACCUGGAAAGAAGAACACCUCCAAGCGAUUCAAAGCAGGAACGAUUUAAGGUGCUUCCUAGUUAUGUUCGUAACCUGCUGUCUGACAUCAACUGA